CAUUUAUUAAACGUUUGAAGAAUAGGAACUUUUUUAAAUACAGGUCAAUUAAUUAUAAAAAAAUGAAUUUUAUUGUUUUGAUGGCUUUUCCUAUAUUUGUUUCCGUAUUUGACGCAUUAGCUUAUAGUAAUAUUGAAACAAUUAUUAAUGAAUUAACUGAAUUAAACCUUCAUAAAGCAAAAGAAAAUCUACAUGAAUGUUUUAUUAAAAAUAAUAUAAACGUACCAAUAAAGGAUGAGGUUCAUCAUAAAACGUUCGUAUUAGAAUUUGAUAGAUUUUUAAAUCAAAUCAGAAUAGAUUUAGUCAAAAAAACAAUUAAUCCAGAGGAUGUGCCUUCCAAAAUGUUUGAAAAAGUUUAUAAGACUUCUGAUUAUAAUCAAGAAAUGUAUGUGUGCUCUGCUGUUUUCAUAAGAAAUUUAUGUUUUGUAGAUGAUUUUGAGAUGAGCUCAGAGGAGAUGGAAAAUCGAUUUAAAAAACAUAUCUCUAAAGCAAAAACAUUUUUGCAUGAUUGUUUUAACAAUUAUGAUGUAUGUCAAACAGUUAUUGACAAAGAAAACUUGUUUAAAAAUGGAUUUUGGACCGUUAUACAAAAUUCACUACCAUCUUUAAUCUACAAAACAAAAUAUCCUAUGUUAAUGACUGAAGAUAUUUUGAACUAUUUUGAUAUAAAAUCAGAUCAGAAUAGACGAUUUCCUAAAGGCACAGACUAUAUAAGAUUUUGUUCAGCAGCUUUUUAUGUGAGCUUGUUUGGUGACGAUUUACAGACUAUAUCUCGCAAUGGUUCAAUACUUAACGAGAAAAUGCUUAAUUGUUGCACUAUUUCCUAAACUUUCAAACUAAGUUCCGACAUAAUAUAUAAAAAUAAAAAGAAACUUUAAUUUAAUUGCUUAUACAUUUUAUUUUGUUACAAAAUAAUUGAUUAUGAAUCAAUAGUUGGUUCAUAAUAAAAAAAUAGUUAAAUAAUUUAUUACAUUACUAAGUAUUUUUUUUUGUUUAUUUUUAAAAAUUGAAUAAUAUUGCAUGUUAUGUCCGGAAUAACAUAUCGUUCGUAUGAUUGAAAGUUAUCUUCAUAGUACUUUUCUUGUGUGUUUUACCAGUCAAUAUGUAACGCAAUGAUAUCACAAUUUUUAAAAUAUAAUAAACUUUCAUCAUUUGUUUUUGA